AAUAGCUUUAGUCUCGAAAGCAUGGAUACGCUGCAAACAUCUGCUACAUCAGCAGCAGAAACGACCGAAGAGGAUGCGAUCAAAAACAUCGAAGCCCUCGUCACACCUGAGCAGGUGUUAAGUGCCAAUGUGGCGCGAAGAAGAAGGACUAUUGCGAGGAAGAGGAGUUCCAGCUCUAAGCAACGCUCGAAGACGCCCGUUCGAGAUGCCGUCGCUCCUAUUGGAACGACCUCGAGUGAGGAGGAGGAUGAUGAUGUUGAGGAUGAAGCUACGAGACUUCCCGAACGACCGCAACGAAAGGUAUUCGCGAGUGAUAAACCGAAGGAGGACGAACCGAAGCCGAACAAUAAGAUGAUAAGCGAUUCGAGUUGUCCUUCCUCGCGUGAAGACGAUAAACCUAAGACGACGGACUCCAGUUUCAAGGAGGAGGAACGCAAGAAACCUAGGAGAAUCAGAAGGAAAACGGCGGAUUCGAAAGAAGGAAGCCUUUCCAGGAAAUCCUCCAUCAAAUACCACUCCGAGCGAAGCGCAAGUCUACCCAGGCAAUUCGAAGAGCAACUAUCGAAAUUGGAUAACUUCGUUUCGAGCAACACCAAAGAUCUUAUAGGCUUCCUCGAGAAGGCCAAAAGUACUGUCGAAGAAAAAGGCAAGGAGUUGCGGAAGAAACGCUUCAACAAAAAAGAACCUCUCAAGAGAAGCCGCUCCACCCCAAGACAAUUAACCGAAGAGGAUCUUCUCGAGAGCUUCAAAAGAGCUCAAAUCCAAACGGCUUUAAGAGAAAAAGAACGUUCAAAAUCAGCAGGUCGUUACUCAUCAGCAAGCGAAUCUCCGGAACGACCUAAUCGAAAACAAAAACCCAUAGUAAUCAAACCGAAGACCAAAAAACACCAAGGUAUCAAAUCGAAUAAAAUCGUUGAAAUCCUCGAUCCUAAAACCUCCAAAGUCAUAGCCACCAAAGACGUAGGGGAAGUCACCCAUAUGCGUGUCAGAGACGUCUUCAAGAUCUUCCGUUUCUACUCGAUUCGCGAAAUCUUCUCCGAAUACAGAAAAUACAAAAAAGACUUUGCCGUCGAGUACAACAAAAUCAGGAUGUACCGUAGAAAAUGCUUCAGUCAUCUACUAAUCCUUUUGAUUUUCUGCGGGUUGGGAGGUAUAGUCUUCAAGUUCACGGAAGGCGCUUUCGAGAGCUUCUACAAGUGUGGAGUUAAACGCGUGAAGCGCGAUUUCGUCGAGAUGUUGUGGGUGAAGAGUCACAAUUUGCGCGAAGACGAGUGGAAAUCACUGGCGAGGAAUAAGCUGAGGAAUUUCGAGGACGAGCUUCACGCGGCGCACGAAGCCGGAGUACAUUCGUACAGUGGACAGAAGUCCUGGAGUUUUCUGAAUGGAAUCGUUUAUUGUCUCACCAUCGUCACGACCAUAGGAUACGGUCAUCUCUAUCCGACUACAACGACAGGACAAGCUCUCACCAUAGUCUAUUCGCUCAUCGGAAUUCCGCUGUUCUUGAUCAUCCUCACAGAUUUCGGUAAACUCUUCACCAGAUGCAUCAAAUUCUUGUGGUCUUUCGUGCGGAGGGUUUACUAUACCGGUAGCUGCAGGAAUGUCAGGAAACAAGCACAAGUUCAGGAAAUCUUCAAAGGAGCUCAGAUGAUGUACGACAUUGCAAGAUUUCGACGACCUUCGGCCUUCGAUCCGAGCAUGCAGAAUCAGGACGGAACCGAAGGCAGCAACACCGCUCCUCCAACACCUGCCAUCUCCAACUUCGAGAUAGACGACGAAUUCAAUCUUCCCAUCUCCUUGGCCAUCCUCCUCCUCGUCCUCUACAUCUUUCUCGGCGCUGUGCUUUUCUGCAUCUGGGAGCACUGGGACUUCUUCACGUCCUUCUACUUCGUCUUCAUUUCGAUGUCCACCAUCGGUUUCGGCGACUACGUUCCUCGUCAUCCUGUCUUCAUGAUCGUCUCCAUCGUGUACCUCGUCUUCGGCUUAGCCCUCAUGUCUAUGUGUAUCAACGUCGUUCAAGUUAAAUUAAGCGACACCUUCAGUCACGCCUCCGCGAAGAUCGGAGCGACGAUAGGUUUGGGCGUUGCCGAAGAGGAUGGUAGCAUCCAGGCAAUUCCACCCGUACUCGUUGAGAUGCCCCAAGUCCACGGCUCCCUUACUCAGAUCAACGAGGAGCUCAAAGAACCGACGACCUCUGAUCAAAAAUAAAUUUGUUUUUUUUUUUGCAUUUUUUUUACGUUUCACCCAUAUAAUAUAACAUGAUGUUACGAAUAAGAUCCAUUUUCCUUCACCAAGUUUUGUGAUUUGUUGCUCUUGAAAGAAUGCCAUUGUUGAUUAGGAUUAAGAAAGAUAUGAUAAUUUUAAAACAGAAUACAAACAAUAAAGAUUACUUAGUCUAGUA